GGGGCUCCAUCAUCAUCAUCAUCAUCAUCCUCACCAUCACCCACUGCUAUAGUCACAGCCUGCUGGAUUACUGCGCCUUUACGCAUUUGUGAAAAGCACCCAGAUAUCGUGCUGUUAUCUACUCGAUUAAUAUUUUCUAUCCAUUCAUCCAACGUGUGAAAAUGUUUUACACUUGCGGCCCCAAUGAAGCAAUGGUGGUGUCGGGUUUCGGCCGCUCUCCACCCGUCAUGAUCUCUGGCGGGAGAGUGUUUGUUAUUCCAUGCGUUCAGCAGAUACAAAGGAUCUCUUUAAACACACUGACGCUGAAUGUAAAGAGUGAUAAAGUCUACACACGUCAUGGAGUGCCCAUCUCUGUCACUGGAAUCGCACAGAUGAAGAUUCAAGGGCAGAAUAAGCAGAUGUUGGCUGCAGCAUGUCAGAUGUUUCUGGGAAAGUCAGAGAAUGAGAUUGCGCACAUCGCCUUGGAAACACUGGAGGGUCACCAGAGAGCCAUUAUUGCUCACCUGACCGUGGAGGAGAUCUACAAAGACCGCAAGAAGUUCUCCGAGCAGGUGUUCAAGGUGGCUUCAUCCGACCUCGUCAACAUGGGCAUCAGUGUGGUCAGCUACACACUCAAAGAUGUUCACGAUGACCAGGAUUACCUGCACUCUUUGGGAAAGGCCCGUACGGCACAAGUGCAGAAGGAUGCACGGAUUGGAGAAGCCAAGAACAAAAGAGAUGCAGUGAUCAGGGAGGCCAAUGCUAUACAGGAGAAGGUAUCUGCUCAGUACAUGAAUGAGAUCGAGAUGGCUAAGGCUCAGAGAGACUACGAGCUGAAGAAGGCUGUCUACGACAUUGAGGUCUUCACCAAAAAAGCAGAGUCUGAAAUGGCCUAUCAGCUCCAGGUAGCGAAGACAAAGCAGCAGAUCGAGGAGGAGAAGAUGCAGGUGAUGGUGGUGGAGCGCUCGCAGCAGAUCAUGCUUCAAGAACAGGAGAUCACACGCAAGGAGAAAGAGCUGGAGGCCAAAGUCAAGAAACCAGCCGAUGCCGAGCGAUACCGGCUGGAGAAACUGGCGGAAGCUGAACGUCUUCAGCUAAUCAUGGAGGCAGAAGCUGAGGCCGAAUCUAUCAAAAUGAGAGGAGAGGCCGAAGCAUACGCUGUGGAGGCUAGAGGUCGUGCCGAAGCCGAGCAGAUGGCUAAGAAGGCCGAGGCCUUCCAGAACUACAAGGAAGGAGCGAUGGUGGACAUGCUGCUGGAGAAACUGCCGCUGAUGGCAGAGGAGAUCAGUAAGCCCCUGUCAGCUGCCAAUAAGGUCACCAUGGUUUCCAGUGGAGGUUCAGAGAUUGGUGCAGCCAAGCUGACAGGUGAAGUGCUUGACAUCAUGACCAGACUGCCCGAAACCAUUGAGAAACUAACUGGGGUCAGCAUUUCCCAGGUGGCCCGUACUGGUUGAAGAAAUUCUCCGACACUCUCUCUCCUCCAUCUGUGACAGUUCAUUUAUUUUCCUUUUACUGUAUCUUCCACACGGCAUCUCUUUUGUUUUCCCUUCUUUCUCUCUCGACGUACACUUCCUGUCUGUCUUGCCUUGCUGCCAAAACCCAAAGUGCAUUUUAAUCUAAAACUCCAGGGAAGAAUGCUGUACUUUAUAUCUUUAAUGCAAUCAUAAGAAGACAGUGAAGUCCAAGGA